AUGGACUUAAAAGACGCGAGAAAACCUAUUCCUGUGGAUAAACUACCAUCGGCAAAUGUGGCUCAGCUUUGGUGGACAGUGAAUGAUAUCGAACAAGAGAUUACCUUUGAAUUGCAUGUGAAGACUAUCGGAUGGAUAGCUUUAGGCAUUACUGGAGGCAUGAAAGGCGCUGAUAUCGCAGUUGGAUGGGUCGACUAUUCUGGCAAAGCUCAUAUUCAAGAUCGAUUUGCAUUCGAUGAAAUAAAACCAGUCAUAGAUAACACAACUCAAGACUGGUUUGUUCUUCAAGGUCAAGAACAAGAUGGAUGGACAGCCAUUCAAUUCAAACGUUACUUUGAUACUUGUGAUCCAAUGGAUGUUCCAAUAAAAUCUGGCACGAAUAUUCUGAUAUUUGCCUAUGGUCUUGCCGAUCUUGAUUCGUGUCCAUCUAACGUCGAUAUCACGUAUCAUGAUAACCGAAGAGGUACACGUAUAUUACCACUUCGAUCGUACGCCGAUCAACCGGGAGAUGAGAUGUUGGUUGGACUUGAUUUCUUUGAUUUGCGGUUCGACAAUCAUAAAAUAUUAAUUGAUUCCAGAAAUGAGCGUCUUCUGCAUCAUCUAGAUCUGUUCGAAUGUACUUCGAAGGAUGUAGUUAAUGAUGCUGAAUUACUGGAUGGCAUAUGUGAUGAAGUUUUAACUGGAACGAGAAUGUGUUCGUCAAAGUUAGCUACCGCCUGGGCGGUCGGUGCUGACGUGACAACCAUGUAUCCGGAAGAAGCCGGCUAUGCUGUCACUAGUGAUAUCGACAGUAAAUAUUUCAUGAUCAAAAUACACUAUGACAAUCCACGACAAGCUUCGAAUCUCCGAGACAGUUCAGGCAUUCGAUUUUACCUUGCCAAUGAACUUCGAAGGUAUGAUCUUGGUUACGUGCUAUUUGGAACGCUGUCCAGACCAGCAAGUCUCGCCAUUCCACCAAAAACUGAACAAUUUAUUGUCGACUCCUAUUGUCCUCCUGAAGCCACUCGGAAUUUUCCCAGUUCAGGUAUCAAUAUCGGCGGACCGCGAACAACGGACGAAAUGUGUUCUCAUACAUUCUCCUAUUAUCCUUUCGUCGACAGUUUAUCGGCAUGUAUGACAUCAAUUGACGAGACAGCAUGGCGAACUAUUAUGAAUACAUCCUCACCAAUAGACAACGUUAACAUAGAGCAAUGGCUUCGUAACUUGACAUGGACACCUGAGUCAGUGUCUCAAUGGCAAGAAUUCUACAAUAAAGCUGCACGUCUUAUUGUUUACGAUCGAGGAAACUAUAUGGACUCUGAAGUUUUACCCGCCAUCCCGAAAUAUGAAGAUCUCAAAGUUGAACCAUGCAACAAAAAAGCGAUUCGAAACAGUACCGAUGCUUCUUGUGGCGAACCCAAUAAUUCCAUGGCCUCUCAACACACAUUAUUUCUCUUUGCAUUAAUUUUCUUUGUUUUGAAAACCAUAUUCGCAUCAAUAUAA